UCUAAUCAAGUCGCGCGCUAUAACAGAUAUGUCGGGCUAUUACUAGCCAUUGGGUCUACGAUGCUUAUUGCUAAUGUGAUCCGAAGGCUCCAGUUUUGUUAUUACGAAAAAGGUCCGUCUUUCCUUGGAUGUCCGACUUGGAGUGAUGCGACUCAAUUGACGAGGCACUGGGCGCAUUCGAUGGAAGAAACACGUCACAAGAUUGGGAGCGCUGAUGGGUUCAUGCAGGGUUUGAUGCACGCCUCCGAACAACAUGGCUUCGAAGGAGAAGGUUUCUCAUACUUAAGGAGCCCAAUAUGGUGGACUGGUGUUAUCAUGUUGGGUGUCGGAGAAGUCGCCAACUUUGCUGCCUAUGCCUUUGCGCCCGCGAUUCUGGUCACACCCCUCGGAGCAUUGAGUGUUCUGAUCGGUGCGGUCCUGGGGUCAUACUUUCUCAAUGAACGGUUGGGGACGUUGGGGAAAUUGGGCUGUGCAAUGUGUCUGCUCGGAUCAGUCGUAAUUGUUCUCCAUGCGCCCCCUGACAAGGCAGUGGAAACUGUCAAUGAGAUUCUGGGUUACGCUGUUCAGCCAGGGUUCCUCUUCUAUUGCCUGGCGGUCGCAAUCUUUUCAACAGUGAUGAUCUACCGAAUCGCACCGCUAUAUGGCAAGAAGAACCCUCUGAUCUACAUCUCCAUCUGUUCCACCGUCGGCUCAGUCUCGGUCAUGUCCAUGAAGGCCUUCGGCAUUGCGGUGAAAUUGACAUUCAAUGGCCACAACCAAUUUGUCCACGCAUCGACCUACGUUUUUGCCAUCGUCACCGGGUUCUGCAUUCUCACACAGAUGAACUACUUCAACAAAGCAUUGAACCAAUUCUCAACCUCAUUAGUAAAUCCACUCUACUAUGUCACGUUCACGACCGCAACGCUUUGCGCCUCCUUCAUUCUUUUCAAAGGGUUCAACACCACAGAUGCGGUCAACACCAUUUCUUUGCUCUGUGGAUUCCUGAUUAUCUUUACUGGCGUGUACCUCCUGAACCUUUCACGACAUGACCCCGAUGGGCGGCAUCAGGCCAGUGCCAAGUUCGACGACGACGGAGUGCCGACCGAUGCCGUUUCUAGUUUCCAGACUCGGAGGUCCAUGCAAUCGCGCCGAAGCACUGAUCCCCACCGUCGAAGUUCCUCGAGUAUUGCAUUCCUCAACGGACAUGGAGACCGAGAAGGGCUCAUCCACUCAUACGAUGUGGAAAACAACCAAGGGAUCGGGCUGGCUGAAUUAUCGGAGGAAAGCGAGGGAGAACCAGGGCCGACUUUCCAGCGCAAUGAGGAGCGAAACCAGACCGCACUGCACACCAAGCAAAACAGCCAACUCUGA